UGUUUUGGUGGUGGUUCAUGUUGGAAAGCACAAGUUCCAAGAAAAAGAGAAAAAGGUCAGUAGAAGUGGUUCCUGUAUCUUCUCCUUUGGCAGCAAGAAGGUCGGGCAGAACAGAUAUCAAAGUUGGCCCUAAGUGUACUUGUGACUAUUGUGGAGUGGAUAUUACCCGCACUUUGUACUUUCGUUGUGCAGAAUGCCCAAACUUUGACUUUUGUCUUCCUUGUUUUUCGGUUGGAGUAGAAAUAUAUCCUCACCGGUCGUAUCAUCCUUAUCGAGUCAUAUCGUAUAUCGCAGAGUUCCCAUUUUGUCAAGGUUGGACAGCAGAGGAAGAAGAAAAUUUACUUGACGCUAUGCUCAUGUAUGGCUUACACAACUGGCAACUAGUGUCUGAAUACGUCCGAACAAAAUCCAAAAGCAAAUGUGAGCAACACUACCAUCAAGUCUAUCUCCAAAGUGCUACUGCGCCUCUUCCGAGUUUGGACUUUAAGACGACGGCCACUGCGACUUUUAUGAAGGAUCAAGAAGAACCCGAAAGUGCACAAGAAUCAAAAGAAACUGAACAAGCAACACAGGAAGUCACUCCAGUUAAAGUAUCUCUAGAUGAAAGCUCGAUUCUUUCCGGUUUUCUACCAAAGCGGAAGGACUUUGACGUCGAAUAUGAUGACAAUGCAGAAGCAACCAUAGCAGAGCUGCAGAUAGUAGAAGAUGACACUCUAGAAGAGAGACAUUUGAAGUUGAAGCUGUUGGAAAUAUAUGAUAUCAAGUUGCAGGAAAGAGAGCGUAAGAAGGAUGCAGUCUUGAGAUGGAAAAUGUAUGAUGCCAACCAAUUCAAGGAAGACUUACAACAACUUGGCAAUGAAGAUAGAAAAUGGAUGGAGCUUUUUUUCAACUUUGGUCAGUUUUUGUCCAAAGAGGAAUUGGACAGCUUUAUACAGUUUGUGAAACAAGAUAUUGCAUAUAGAAGUGAACUGGUUCGUUUAUUGUCCUAUCGAGCAAAUGGCAUUUGUGAUUUCAAACAGGCGGAAGAGUUUGAAAGUCAAGUUAUGCGUCGUGUGGAAGAAUUGGAACAACAUUUGGAACGAAUGAAUCAUUCUCCUUUACGUGAAACGAGCCAAAGAGAAGAUACAGAGAAAAAGAAAACGAAAAAAUCAUCGACACCUCACAAAGUUGUUGCAUCAUCGAACACAGAUUGGAAGCCGAUGACUAUUACCACAGCUAUGAAAGACCAUGAUAAAUUGUCACUCAUGGAAAAAGCAUUUUGUUCCGCAAUGCAUUUGAAACCAUCAGAUUAUUUUCAUUUUCAAGAAAUGGUGAAAAAACACGGGGAAAGCAAAAAGAACAAAUCAAAUACGAGUGUUCCUUGGAUAGUGGAUUGGCCACCACAAAAAUAAACUAUUCAAUAAAAUAUGAUUUGCAGUA